CCGUGUGCGCCUGAAAUGUGGAAGAAGAUGGAAGUUGAUUACAACCCCAUAGACUUGCCCAUUAAUGUUGUCCACGAUCCAGAUUCAGACAGAGACACGGACGGGGCGGAUGUGAAAGACAUGAGGCUGGAAGCUGAAGCCAUCGUGAACGAUGUCCUGUUUGCCGUCGCCAACAUGUUUGUCUCUAAAAACUUGCCCUGCACGGUGGACAUGGCGUACAUCAACGUGGAGAUUAAGGAGGGGACCAGAUACUGCCUGGAACUCACGGAUGCCGGUCUCAGGGUGGUCGGGUUUGCUUUCGACCAGGUUAACCCAGGAAGCCGCAGCCAAUACCAUGAAACUGUUUACUCUCUGCUGGAUUCCCUGAGCCCUGCGUACCGUGAGGCCUUCGGCAACGCCCUGCUGUGGAGACUGGAAGCACUAAACGGGGACGCCCAGUCAUGAUGGACAGCCGUCCACCGGAUCA